UCUCUUCGGACAGUGGCUUGUGACAAAUUGGAUUACUUGAAAGUGUUUAAUAUUUUAAAUUCAUGAUGGCGGUGUUUGCAGUGUUAAUGUUGCUCAUGUUGUCUGGAAGUGUAUUAUCAAGUGACGAAUCAAUUGCUGUGGCAUGUAGUAUUAAUGACAUCGAUUGCCUUAGCAAAUCUACCGAAAAAUUCCUUGAAAAAACACACAGAGGAAUACCCGCCUGGAAUAUUGUGGCCCUAGAUCCUUUAGUUAUACCUUCAUUCGACAUCGUGUUUGAUAACGAAGGCUUAAUUUAUAAGCAUCAGAACUUGACCGUGACAGGAUUACGGAAUCAAAAGAUAUCAGAUUUCAAAAUGGAUACCAAAACAAAGUCGGUAGUACUAACAACAAAAGCCGAUUUAGACAUUGUCACUGAUAUCGAUGUUUUAUUCUCCAAGUCGUCAAAGACCUUAUCGGGACAUUACAAGUCACAUGCAAGUGUAUUAGGCACAGCUACUUACAAGUACGAUCUUAAGACUGACGAAAAAGGAGUCACUCAUUUCCAUGUCGGCCCAGAAACCAUCACUUGCAAAGUUGUCGACGCCCCGAGUGUUGAAUUGAACCCUGAGUUUCAGCAGACUCUUUCAAAUGAUGCUGAUGCCAAGGCUUUCAGUCAGGAGAAGAAAAACGAAUUAAGAGAAAAAGUAUUUUGCAAAAUAACGGAGAAAGCAUACACUUACGUCGUCCACAACAUCAGGGAAGCUGCCAAAGCUGUACCUUCGUCAGCUUUUUUCACGAAUAUCGAAUAAAAAUAUGCAUUUUAUUGUAAUGUUAUAAUUGCAUCACAAGUACUGUAAGUGUGUAUAUUGGAAUCAAUUUGUGUACCGACCGAGAUGCCGUAUUCUCGUGCAAUAAAUUCCGAGUUCAAAUGAA